CCACCAGAGACAGUCAACCCGAGACCCCUUAUAGAUUUAAAAAGAGAGGCUGCAUUCUCAGACUGACAGUUAUUCAACACUGCCACCUUAAGCAGAUUACUUUUGCGCUGCCUGUGUCAAAUACGUAGUUCACUUUGCCUCUCCAUCAUGUUUAGGAUGCUGAAACACCACUUUCACCCGGGCUUUUUUCUCUUGUUCAUAUGGCUUUGUCAUCUCAUGGAACAUCAAAAAGUUCAAGCUGGGAACUGCUGGUUGCAGCAGGGGAAGAACGGGAGGUGCCAGGUGCUGUACAUGCCCGGGAUGAGCAGGGAGGAGUGCUGUCGGAGUGGAAGACUGGGGACGUCCUGGACCGAGGAGGAUGUCCCCAACAGCACGCUCUUUAGGUGGAUGAUCUUCAAUGGCGGAGCUCCCAAUUGCAUACCUUGCAAAGAAACCUGCGAUAAUGUUGACUGUGGGCCAGGAAAGAGGUGCAAGAUGAACAGAAGAAGCAAGCCGCGCUGCGUGUGUGCGCCAGACUGCUCCAACAUCACAUGGAAAGGACCAGUCUGCGGCUCCGACGGAAAGACCUACAAAGACGAAUGCGCACUGCUCAAGGCAAAAUGCAAAGGCUACCCCGAUCUGGACGUGCAGUACCAGGGAAGGUGCAAGAAAACGUGCCGUGACGUCUUGUGCCCCGGCAGUUCCACAUGCGUCGUGGACCAGACAAAUAACGCGUAUUGUGUGACGUGUAAUCGGAUUUGCCCCGAGGUGACGUCGCCGGAGCAGUACCUGUGUGGAAACGACGGGAUCGUCUAUGCCAGCGCGUGUCACCUGAGACGAGCUACCUGUCUCCUCGGCAGGUCCAUCGGAGUGGCUUAUGAGGGAAAAUGCAUCAAGGCCAAGUCUUGUGAGGACAUCCAGUGCAGCUCGGGAAAAAAGUGUCUGUGGGAUGCUCGGAUGAGCCGGGGACGCUGCUCGCUGUGUGAUGAGACCUGUCCGGAGAGCAGGACGGAGGAGGCGGUGUGUGCCAGCGACAACACCACCUAUCCCAGUGAAUGUGCCAUGAAGCAAGCUGCUUGUUCAAUGGGGGGGCUGCUGGAAGUCAAGCACUCGGGAUCUUGCAACUCCAUUACAGAAGACCAGGAGGAGGAUGAGGAAGAUGAGGACUCAGACUACAUGGCCUAUGUCCAUAUAUCUUCUAUACUGGAUGGAUAG